AUGCCAACUGAGGACGAGCAGAAGGCCUUUCUGGACACUAUCUCAGCAUCUCAGGAAGAGUCUGACAACGACUAUAUCAAACCACACCUAAUGCACUGGACUUCGGACAAGGAAGGUUCCGUGGAAAAGGACCUAUCACGCCUCUACGAAAAGUGCAAAGCAGGGAAAGAGCACAGUGCCGCGUCGUUCUACAUUUUCGCAGGUCGCAAGAGCGUCGAGGAGAGUGGUACCACUCUUGUCGAUCGGGAUUGGUGCACGUUGUGCAUUUCCGAGAAGGCAAGCAAGCAGCUCGGCAAGCUUUCUGAAGACAACAACGUUAAGAUCCCGGGGGAUGACUGA